GUGAAGUCUUCCUGAAUGAAAUCUCCUAAGAUGGCGCUUCUCUGACAUUUUAUUUCAAUUUUUAAGUCUUCAGUUGUUUUUUUUUUUUUUUGUUUUGUUUUUUUAAAAUAAUUUCCAGCUUUUUGGAGGAGAAACAUUAUCACAAUGACAGUCACUUACAACCUCUGUGCCCUCCUGGUUUUCACCAUAUCAGUGUGCAGCCGUUUUGUGCCCGCCCUCUGUUCAGCCCACUGCGGGCAUUCACUUCAAGUCUUAGACAACCAAGUGGGAGAGAUCAGGAGUUCUGCUUACCACAGCUGGUCCUACCGCUUCGGCCCAACCUAUGACUGCUGGAUCAUCAAGGGUGUGGAGGGAGAACCUGUCGUUCUCAGCUUUUCCCAGUUUUCAGCUCGGUGUAGGAAGGAAUGGGUGUCUAUAAAAUCAUCAACUGGUGGUGAGCCGGUUGUCCUCUGCGGCUCUAAGCUGCCGCCGCCCAUGGAAUUCCCAGGGGGGAAUAUUACAGUGAUGCACCACUUCCUCCCGCAUCUGUUCCCUGUGUCAUCGUUUCUGUUGAGCUAUGCCAGAGACUCAGGUGAAUGCCCAGUGACAUCUUUUGAAUGCCUGGGGGGUCGUUGUCUUCCCCUCUCCUGGCGCUGUAAUGGCCAGGUGGAGUGUCUCGGUGAAGGUCCUGGCAUCGGCACUGAUGAACAGGACUGCGAUGCAGAAGUGGAAACUCCACAACCCCCAAAGCGACGCAGCACACAGGCAGAGGAGACCCAAAGAGAAACAUAUACAGAGAUAAACCAUGACAGGGACUCGGACAGACAUAAGCCAGUAGAUAAAACUUGGAGCUCAGACAGGUCAGCUGAGAGAAAUAGUGAGUCUGAACUGUGGCAGUCGAUGAAGGACAGGGAGGAGGAGGAGUCCCAGGUGGAUCGAGAGCAACCUCAGACUCAUAAGGAGAUGGCUGUGACACCCACUCCCAUCGAGUGGCCUUGCGGAGGGCUCCUCCAAACCUUUUAUGGGACGUUCUCCCCUCCAGCCAUUCGGAAUUCUGCUCUGUACUGUGUCUGGACUCUGGACCCUCAGGACUCCAGGCCACUCAGACUGGACCUGCAGCAGUUGGUGCUGGGACAUGGGGACAGACUCACCAUCUACAACAGAGAGCAAGGCAAUGGGGACGUAAUUAAAACUAUCACCAGCACCUCCAAUUACAAGUCAGUCCAAGUGGAAUCCCACACUGGCCUGCUGUCGAUGGUUUACGAGACACUUCCUGGCUCAGAGGGGAGCGGUUUUAACGCCACGUUCCACGUCGGGAGCUACUGCCCUCCAUGGGAGGGUCGGUGUGGGGGAGCAUCAGGAGGUUGUUUCACCCAGGAGCAAAGGUGCGACGGGAAAUGGGACUGCCCUGAGACGGGGAAGGAUGAGGAGGGAUGCAGAGGCUGCAGUCCGAACCAGUUUGCCUGUGGGAUGACGGGACAGAGGGCGCUGCCGCCCAGCCACUUCUCUGGCAGGCCCGUGUGUUACCCAGUCACAGAGAGAUGCAACUACCAGCUGUACUGUGCCGAUGGCAGGCGACGAGCGGACUGCACCGUGUGCCAGCCAGGGACCUUUCAUUGUGACAGCGACAGGUGCGUGUUUGAGAGCUGGCGGUGUGACGGCCAGGUGGACUGUAAGGACGGCACGGAUGAGCUCAACUGCACCGUCAUCCUGCCCCGCAAGGUCAUCACCGCGGCAACGGUUGGCAGCCUGGUCUGUGGACUCCUGCUGGUGAUCGCCAUGGGCUGCACCUGUAAACUGUAUUCGCUCAGGACCAGGGAGUACAGCAUGUUUGCUCCAAUCAGCCGUCAGGAAGCGGAGCUGAUCCAGCAACAGGCUCCUCCAUCCUACGGUCAGCUGAUUGCCAGGGCAUCAUCCCCCGCCCGGUGGAGACUUCCCACAGAAAACCCCAACGAGACCUCGUCUCUGUCUCUGAGGGGAAUUCUCCAGCUCCUCCGUCAGGAUGCCUCCAGCUCCCCGCAUCGCAGACGCAGGCCCCGAUUUGUCCGCCGGGCCGUUCGCCGCAUGAGGAGGUGUCUCAUCCCCAGACCUCCCUCCAGGCCGACUCAGGCAUCAAGCUCUGGUCAGCAGCAGUCGGGCCGCUCCUCCGGUCAGGAACCAGCUCACUCCACUCCAAGCUCCUCGUCGGCUGUGGAGGCAGUCAACCAGCCGGUGCCUCAGAAACUUGGCUUGUUGGCUCAGUCAGAGCAGCAGCAGCAGCAGCAGGAAGCACCACCUCCUCUACUGCCGCUUCCCCCUCCGCCUGUCUCCUCUCCGCCUCCACCUCCGUAUGCUCCCCCAGCUCCUCCCACGGCCGCCCUUCACACUCCUCCUGUAGCCGUCCCUCCGAGCAGCCCCUCUCUGGCCUCCAUCUUCCACACGCUGGGCCUGAGCAUCUCCCUCUUCAGAGCCUCGCCUUCUUCCUCCUCCACCAACUCCAUGCCCCUCUCCGCCUCCCCGUCUUUCUCCUCGUCCUCUUCAGACGACGAGGGUGCUGCUUAUCCCCUCUCUGAAGACACCUUCAGAGGAUGA